AUGUUAUUUUUUGGAAGAGUUAUUUCUCAAGAAAAACAAGUUCGAUUAACUUCAAUCAAUUUUGAAAUAGAGACUAUUGGUAAUAAUGCUAAAGUUAAGGCUAUUCAUUCAAUAUUGAAUGAAUCUAAUAAUGAAUGUAAUGUUAGUAUUAUUAUGACAUUAGAUGAUGAAUCUGCUGUUACUGGAUAUUCAAUUAAAACAGUUAAUGGAGAAAUUGAAUCAGAACUAAAAGAAAAAGAACAAGCAAAGAUUGAACAAAGUGAUGCAACAACAAAUGGAUAUAGUUCAAGUAUAAUGGAACAAGUUGAUGAUACAACAUUUAGUAUUUUACUUGGAUUAGUCAAUAAACAUAGUGAAGUAACAUUUAGUAUUGAAUAUCUCACACAUAUGGAGAUUCAAGAAGAAGAAUUAAUAAUUAAGAUUCCUAAUUUAAUUGAAUCUAAAGAAAAAUAUCAAAUUCCAUAUUCAAUUAAAAUUAUAGGAAGUUCAAAAUUUAGUUUUAAAGGUAUAUUAAGUGGAGAAGAAGAGAUUAAUGUUCCAUUAAAUGGAGAUUUAAUAUUUGGAAUGAAAGAUGAAGAUACGGAUGAAGUUGUAAUUUCAUCUACAUUUAUUAAUAAAGAAAAAGAAGGAGAUAUUAAUAUUAUUUUUAUUUGUGAUAGAAGUGGAAGUAUGUAUGGAGAAGGAAUUAAUGCACUUAGAAAUAUGUUACAAUUAUUUUUAAGACAAUUACCAUUAAAAUCAAAAUUUGAAAUUAUUUCAUUUGGAAGUAAAUAUGAUUUUAUGUUUAAAGAAAUGGUAGAAUAUAAUGAAGAUACAUUAAAAAAUGCAUCAAAUAGAAUUUCAGAAUUUGAAGCAAAUUAUGGAGGAACAAGUAUGGAUGCACCAUUAAAAGCAUUAAUUGAUAAUAAUACAGAAAAAUGUCAUAUAAUUUUAUUAACUGAUGGAUAUGUUGAUAAUAAAAUAAAUACAAUUGAAUAUAUUCAUAAUCUUUCAAAAAAGAAUUCAUUACAUGGAGUUGGAUUAGGAAGAAGUUGUGAUAUUGAAUUAAUAAGAAAUAUAGGUAGAAUUGGAAAUGGAAUUUCAGUUAUUUCUAAGAAUGUAAAUUUAUUAAAAAAAGAAGUUUCAAAAAUUACAGAACGUAUUCUUAUUCCAACAAUUAAUAAAUGUCAAAUUGAAUGGAAUAUUAAAGGAGAAAUAAUACCAAAAGAAAUUAAUAAUUUUUAUGGAAUGAUAACAUGUUAUAUUCAAUGUAAAGAAGAAAUUAAAGAAGAACAAAAGAUUGAAAGUAAAAUAAAAGGAAUAUGUAGAGAAAAAGAAAUUAUAUACAAAAAUACUAAAAAUAUUAAAAUUACAAAAGGAAUUAUUCUUCAUCAAUUAAUGGCAUUUAAUCAAAUCAGAAAAUUAGAAGUUGAAAAUAAAAAAGAAGAAGCAAAAAAAUUAUCAAUGAAAUAUCAUAUUCUUUGUAAAGAAACAGCAUUUAUUGCUAUUGAUAAAACAACUAAAAAAGAAGUUGAAUUUAUCAAAAAUAUUAAAUUAAAUGAAAAUUAUUCAUCAUAUGGAGGAAAUAGAAAUUUUAUUACACCAAUGACAAGAGGACAUUUUAAACCUAUGAUGAUGAAAUGUUCAGCAAGAAUGAAUUAUGGAACAAUAGGACAAUGUAAUUCAAUAAUAAAUUGUUGUAAGAAAAAGGGAAGACCAAAUCAAAAAAUUAUUGAUUAUUGUUCAACAAGUUCAAAUGAUAAAGAAAUUGAAACAACAAAAGAACAAAAAUAUGAAGAAAUCAUUAAAUGUCAAAAAGCAAAUGGAGAAUUUAUAAAUGUUGAUAAAAUAAUUAAAGAAAUCAAAGAAAUUGAAGUUGAUGAUAUAGAAAGUUCAAUUAUUCAAACAUUCUUUGUUAUUCAAUUAUUACAAAAGAAAUUUAAUGAGCAUAAAAUUGAAUGGAAAUUACUUAUUAAAAAAGCAGAAAAUUGGUUAUCUAAUAAACCAACAUUAACAGAAGAUAUUAAAAUUCGAAUUCAAUCAUUAAUCGAAUCAUUACAAUUUUAA